CUCUCUCUUUAGCCCACCACCACCUUUCUUUACUCCUUUCUCCGAAUCUUCUCUACACAGCCUUCGAGAUCUUCUUCUUCCUCCUCCUCCUCCACAGAUCUAAAGAUCUCAAUAACCGAAGAAACCAAUCUCCAAACAACCCGACACCGUUUUCAACUCCGACGUCGGCGAAUCUUCCUCCGUAGAUCUAGCAAAGAAAGCCUCUCCAAAAUCUCCAAACGAAAAUUCAAAUCCGGAUUAGGAGAUGGCGCCGAGCAUCCGAAAAGCGAUCGGGGCGGUUAAGGAUCAAACGAGCAUCGGGAUCGCGAAAGUCGCGAGCAACACGGCCCCAGAUCUGGAAGUAGCCAUCGUGAAAGCCACGAGCCACGACGACGACCCCGCGAGCGAGAAGUACAUCCGCGAGAUCCUCAACCUCACCUCCCUCUCCCGCGGAUACAUCCUCGCCUGCGUCACCUCCGUCUCGCGUCGCCUCGGGAAGACGCGCGACUGGGUGGUCGCCCUCAAGGCCCUGAUGCUCGUCCACCGCCUCCUCAACGAAGGAGACCCUCUCUUCCAAGAGGAGAUCCUCCACUCGACGAGGCGUGGCACGAGGAUGCUCAACAUGUCCGAUUUUCGCGACGAGGCGCACUCGAGCUCGUGGGAUCACUCCGCUUUCGUUAGGACUUACGCUUUUUAUCUGGAUCAGAGGCUCGAGUUAGCUUUGUUUGAGAGGAAGAGUGGUGUUGGUGGGGGGAGUAGUAGCUAUCAUAGCAAUGGUGAUGACCGUUACAGUAGAGGGAGAGAUGAUUUUCGAUCUCCCCCUCCCAGAUCUUAUGACUAUGACAACGGUAGUGGUGGUGGUUACAGUGGUGGUUAUGGUGGUGUGCCUAAGAGAUCUCGGUCUUACGGAGAUAUGAAUGAGAUGGGAGGAGGAGGGAGAGAUGAGAAGAAAGCUGUGACACCUCUUCGAGAAAUGACGCCGGAGAGGAUAUUCGGGAAAAUGGGGCAUUUACAGAGGCUGCUUGACCGGUUCUUGACAUUGAGACCAACCGGUUUAGCUAAGAACAGUAGGAUGAUACUUAUCGCGUUGUACCCCGUCGUGAGGGAGAGUUUUAAGCUCUACGCUGACAUCUGCGAGGUGUUAGCUGUUUUGCUCGAUAAGUUUUUCGAUAUGGAGUAUACCGAUUGCGUCAAGGCCUUUGAUGCUUACGCGAGCGCGGCGAAACAGAUUGAUGAGCUUAUCGCGUUUUAUAAUUGGUGUAAGGAGACAGGCGUGGCGAGAUCGUCUGAGUACCCGGAGGUUCAGAGGAUUACUAGUAAGUUGUUGGAGACGUUGGAGGAGUUUGUUAGAGAUAGGGCGAAGAGAGGGAAGAGUCCUGAGAGGAAAGAGAUCGAAGCUCCUCCUCCUCCGCCGGUGGCGGAAGAAGAGGAGGCUGAGCCUGAUAUGAACGAGAUCAAAGCGCUUCCUCCUCCGGAGAACUACACUCCUCCUCCUCAGCCUGAGCCUGAGCCGGAAAAACCGCAGUACACGGAGGAUUUGGUUAACUUGAGGGAAGAUGGAGUCACUGGUGAUGACCAAGGGAACAAGUUUGCGCUCGCGCUAUUCGCCGGUCCGCCGGGAAGUAACGGGAAGUGGGAAGCUUUCCCGUCGGAUGGAGUGACCUCCGCGUGGCAGAAUCCUGCUGCGGAGCCAGGGAAAGCGGAUUGGGAAUUGGCGUUGGUGGAAACAGCUAGCAACUUGGAGAAACAGACAGCCGCGUUAGGCGGCGGGUUUGAUUCUCUGCUGCUGAACGGCAUGUACGAUCAAGGAGCGGUUAGGCAACAUGUGAGCACCUCGCAGUUAACUGGUGGCAGCGCGAGCAGCGUAGCUUUACCUUUACCGGGUAAAACCAACACUCAAGUAUUGGCCUUACCUGCACCAGAUGGAACCGUUGAGAAAGUGAACCAAGACCCGUUCGCGGCUUCGCUAACCAUCCCACCGCCUUCGUACGUGCAAAUGGCCGAGAUGGAGAAGAAGCAGUAUCUGCUGAGCCAAGAGCAGCAGCUAUGGCAGCAAUACCAGCGUGAAGGAAUGAGAGGUCAAGCUAGUUUGGCGAAGAUGAACAACACUGGUCCAGUUCCAGGUGGAAUGCCUUACGGAAUGCCACCUGUCAAUGGGAUGGGACCGCCACCACCGACGGGGUAUUACUACAACAAUCCUUACUGAUUUCAUUCUAUUUGUUAUUUGCUCCACCAAGUCUUAUUAUGAUGUAUGUGUAGAUGACUCGUUUGUUUUUUUUUUUUUUUUUUGUUCACCUUCGUUCUCGUGUGUUUUUGAAAUGUUUCUUGCGUCUCUUGCUCGAGUUUGGAUUUAUAGUUUAUGUACACUUUAUUGAGGUUCUUGAUUCCAUUUUGUAUAACACAUUUUGAUAUCUCUAAUGUUUUUCA